AUGGUUGCCUUUUCCUCGCUCGUUCUCACGACAGCGUCUUUAUUGACUCUGACAACUGCACAAACAUUUCAACGGUUGGGAGCUUGUCCAACUCUUGGCUGUGUUCUUCCUCCGGACCAAGCCGACUUUCUUGCCGGACAAUAUUUUGACAUUCGACUUGAGGUCCAUGCUCCAGUCAAUGGCUCAGAGGCAAAUGGCGGGGUACCAGAUCCAAACUUUACAUUUUCAAUUGCAAAGGCAGGAGGGUCCCCACAACCAGCUGCGUCUUUCUUCAAGAUAGCCGAGCCAGCUUUGGAAAGAUGGAACUUCACUUGGUAUGAGGACUUGUUCGCCGUCGAAGCAAAGACGCCGUCUGUCGUCCGAGUAACCAGUAAGGCAUACCGCCGCGUUGCCUUGUACGAGCCCGGAGAGUAUGUUGCGACGUUGAGUUACUACAAUGGAACCAAAACGGUGGCCAAUUGGUUAGUUCGACCUUUACAGCAACAGAAGAAGGCAAAGAAUGUUAUUUUGUUCAUUGGUGACGGCAUGACCACCAACAUGAUCACAGCAGCCCGCUUGAUCGGACACAAGAGCAUUAACGGCAAAUACCAAACAAAGAUGCAGAUGGACAAAUUCCCAGUGCUGGGUCACCAAAUGACACACUCACUUGAUAGUUACAUUACCGAUUCUGCCAAUUCAGCUUCCGCUUUGUAUUCUGGACACAAAAGUACUGUCAAUGCCAUGGGUGUCUACGCGGAUUCAAGUCCUAAUCCCCUGGAUGAUCCUAAAGUAGAAACGAUUGUUGAGCUCUUGACACGCAUUUGGGGCUCCGCCAUAGGUGUUGUUAGUACUGCCUUUAUCGCAGACGCCACUCCAAUCGCCUUGACCGGACAUACCAGACUUCGAAGUCAAUACGGUGUCCUCAUCGAGCAGUCCCUUCGUGGUGUACAGAACUACACUUGGACAAAGUACACAGGUGCCGACGUGUUUUUCGGAGCUGGAGCCGAGCAGUUCAUUCCUGGUUCAGGUUCUUUCCAGGGCAAGGACUACUACAAGGAAUUUGCCAACGCAGGGUAUUCCGUGUCCAUGAACAAAACCAGCAUGCUCACAGCACCUACCAAUCAGAAGGCUCUCGGUAUUUUCUGCACCUCUAACCUCCCCGUGUGGUUGGACCGAAAUGUCUACAAGAACAACCUCAACCUCACAAACGAUCCUUCUGGUAAUAAGAAGGCUGCAUUGGACUUACCUGGUCUGAAGGAGAUGACGUUGAAGGCAGUUGACAUUUUGCAUGAGAGAGGUGGAGACAAGGGCUUCUUCCUAAUGUCCGAAGCUGCUUCAGUCGACAAGCAAAUGCACGUCCUAGACUACGACAGAGCCUUAGGUGAUCUUCUCGAACUAGACGACACAGUGAACGCAACCAUUGCCAAGCUCAAGCAAAUGGGCGAGCUCGAGAACACCCUCAUCAUCGUCACUGCCGAUCACGGUCAUGGAUUUGAUGUCUACGGGUCCGCAGAUACCAAAUACCUCAGCAGCAAGGCCGACGAUCGUGAGAAGCGCAAUGCUAUUGGCGUUUACCGAGAGUCCGGUCUGAGCCAAUACACCGUAUCCAAUGCCAGUGUCUCUUACAACACUGGUGUAAACUUCCCCGUGAACUGGGAUCCAAGAUACACACUCGCACAAGGAACUGGUGCAUUCCCGGAUAAACGUGAAAAUUAUCGUGUCCACAAGAGUGGUUCGCGCGUACCAGCAGUCAACAUUACCGGCAAAGCAAAUGAUGAUUACUAUGUCAAUGCUAAGGACAACACCGAUGGUUACAUCGUAAACGGCACGCUUCCCACCAACGAGGCUCAAGGUGUACACUCCUUGACUGAUGUCCCUGUCUUCGCUAUGGGUCCUUGCCAGGAAUUGUUCGGUGGUGUGUACAGCAACAUCGAUAUCUUUUUCAACAUGGCCAAUUGUCUUGGAUUGGGAAGAUCGAGCAAUGCUACCGGUGGUAACAAUUACACCGUACCUACGCCUACUGUCUCCUCGCUCCCAGCUACUGGUGCAGCUGCUGAUCCGGCGACGAGGGCGCAGAGAGGGUUGUGGUUUGGCAUGAUUGUCUUCAUGGCUUCCAUUGGGUGGUUUGCUAUUAACCUGUAA